AUGAAAGUUGUGAUGCCCGUAGUCGAAGACGUAGCGGUGAUUGGUAGUGGUUUAGAAGAAGACCAUCAUUAUGGCGAUGAAAUGAGAGGGAAAACGAACUCAGAACAAGAGUAUGUUGCAUUGACGAGGCUUGCGAGGUUCAUCCAGGCAGCUAACCAGAAACUGGAUCGGUUGGAGAGCGUGCUUCCCUCGAAUCCGGUGUCUAACACGACGAAUUUGCCUAGGAAAGGGUUCAAUAUGCUACGUCAACGUGGACGCCGGUUUUUCAGAUGGAACAAUAGCAGGGCUAUUGAGGCUGAAGAGGGUGGUGUUGGGGAGCAGACGUUGGUAGAUCUGAUCAAUUCGCCGGAUGCUCCUGCUUUUUACAAGUUUUUGAAGCGAACCACGGAGGAGUUGGGAGCGGUGUUGCCCGAUAGCGAUGUGGAAACGUUAUUUGCGGAAGAGUUCGAGAAGAACCUGGGGAAGAACCGGGCGUCGAUCACGUUGCCGUUGGCGAAGUUCUCGCAGAUAUACGAGGACCACUUUACGUCGAACUCGACGUCGUGCACGUCGAGCUCGACGACGCUGCACUCGUCUGCGAAAGGGUCUACGAGGUCGUCUUCGCGGAACUCGACGAAGCACUCUUCGCGCAGCGGCAGCGACGAGGGGACAGCGUCCGGGUCUGUUUCUCCUACGUGGUCGCAUGCGAACCUGGCCUCGCAGCAGAGCCAGCAACAGCAGCUCUUGUCGACCGGAUUGUCCACUAUUUCCACAACCACAUCAACAACAAUAACCAGUAGUAGCACUACGGCAUUUGCACUGGAUGCGAUCCGUGCUGAUGCUCAAGAAGCACAGAACACAGAGUCACAGUGCGCAGAGCUGCCUGACUCGUUCUACGCCGGAAACGUAGAAGAAGUUGACCCGCUGCAGGUAAUCCAAACACUGGAUUUCUUGGACAAACACCUCGACUUGUUCAUCGAGGAUCCCUCCUCCAUCAAAACUACUAUACAGUUCUACAACUGGGAAAACGCACGCGAUACAGGUCGCAAAAGACACUUGCACUUCUACGAAUUGCCCUUCCCAUGGAGAGAAAACAGAUACAUUAUCAACGGCUACAGAUUCUACGAUUCCCAUUUCAAAUCACUGCUCUCGGUCGUCAACUGGUACGGCUGGCACAAUGAGACUUUGAACAUCUGGUCCCACUUAUUCGGUGCCUUUUACAUCGUGUACCUGUUGCUCGUGCAGUUCCCAUCGACAAAAGUUUACCAAUCGCAUGAAGUGCCCAUGUUUGGCAAAAUCAUGGUUCAGGUUUUCCUUGUGGCAGGACUCAAAUGUCUCAUUUCGUCCUCCAUUUGGCAUACUCUAAAUGGUACGUGCUGCUUAUCACUGAGGUCAAAGUUCGCGUGUAUUGAUUACACCGGUAUAACCGUGUUAAUAACGGCAUCUAUACUGUCCACGGAAUUCGUGUCCGUUUACAACGUUGCCACAGAUUCGCUUUCCAACUCGAUGAUAGUGUACAUGUCGCUAUCUUUAUGCUUAGGGGUGUUCGGAUCCGUUAUGAACUGGUCUCCCAAUUUCGACAGGCCAGAAUCAAGACCGUUCAGAAUCGCAUUUUACGUCGUAUUAGCAGGGCUAGGUAUGCUCUCAUUUAUUCAUUUAACUAUUGCUCAUGGUAUCGAGCAAUCUUCCCAGUUCUUCCAUCCAUUGUGGAACAAAUCAUUGAUAUGGUACCUCAUCGGUGUCGCGUUUUACGGAUCAUUCAUACCAGAACGCUGGAGAACAGAUGUCGAGCUUGAUUGUGAUAUUCCAACAAACGCAGAACUAUGCUCCAACCUCGAUAUCCUAACGAAACACAAACAUUUACAUUUUAGAGACGUUCCAUCGAAGAAGUCUAGAACUGGUUUCUUUUCUCUAUGGUGGGUAGAUUACGUCCUCUCAUCUCAUACAAUAUGGCAUUUAUUCGUGCUACUCGGAGUUAUUGGUCACUAUAACUCCUUGCUUGACAUGUUCGAAUUAAAGUGGCAUUUGUAA